AUGAGGCGAAGGCAAAGAAGGCAAAGCUCAAACAUAUUUCAUAUGCUAACCAAGAAUCAAAUAGUCGAGCUCAGAGAGGCAUUCAACUUCAUGGACGUCAACAGCGAUACAUUUGUUGACAGAAAAGAUCUAGAAAGCUUUCUCGUAUCAAUAGGAUCGCCUUUUUCUAACAAAGAAGUCACCGAGAUGAUGGAUGAGAGUGGAGAUAACAUGACAUACAUGCUGUUUCUGACAAUGAUAGGAGAGAGGCUUAGCUGCACAGACUCGGAAAAAGAAAUUUUCAAUGCACUAAAGGAAUUCGACGAUAAUGGAGAUGGCACAAUCGAUGAAAAGAUGCUGAGAGCAUGGCUGAUGGAAAAGGGCGAUCAAAUGGCAGGUGAAGAUGUCGAUUUACUUUUAAAGGGUUGUGUUGAAAACGGAAGGGUUGAUUGCAAAAGCCUCACAACAAAAAUAAAGUAUGGGGAAAUCAUCACAGAAUAA